AAAAAAGGUCACUCGCUGGGUCCUGCUCUCAACAACGAAAUGGGUCUUUUGGUGUAAGACGCCAAGAAUCCAACAGGACCCAGACUCCUGACGCUUUUCUGUCCGCAGCUUGGGCUCAAGGGGCCCCCCUUGGGGCCCCGAAGCGAUGCAUCCGGAGAAGCGCAAGCGCCUGGAAGCCCGGCUCCGGGAUGAGGGAUACUCAUGCGGAACCUUCUGGCAGGAAUUGCCGUACACCAUGUGGAACACCUGCCCUCUGUGCGUUUGCGGCCUGAUGCCGGUCUUCGUGGUUUGCUUCUCCGCUGUGUGCCGACUGGACUAUGCCACGCAUGUCACCGACAUCGGAGCGGAGAUCAUCAACGAGAUGGGUCUCUCCUACACGGUGUACUACACAGCGGGCUGUUGGCCUCAAAGAGGGCCGCAGGCUCUGAACCGGCCGUCCACCCACUGCAACAGCGAAGACUUCGAAAUCGCCGCCUCCGAGUUCGACGCCUUGACGGGGAGCCUGCUGCGGGUGCGGAACGUCACAGCCGUGCACGCGAAGCGCCUCACCGCCGUCAAGGUCACGCCGGACUGGCGAUUCGUGACCUUCAUCGGGGCCCUGUCACAGGACCUCGGGAACUUGUACGCGGUGGACGCGCAGCGGGAGAAAGCGCCGAGCGCCGUGCCGCUACUCAGUCCCCAGCAAAUUCAGAGUUUGGAUGCGGCCUGCAGCCUUCACACCCGUGCAGUGCGAGAGGUGCUGCAGGCGGUAGAGCCGGACAGGACCUUCCUGGAACAGCAAGCCAGGCUCAGCGGCUUCAAGCAGUUGCAGGUGGUUCUGCCGGGCAUCGCUCCCGCGGAGUUUGGGGGCACCAUGCAGGGCUUGCCCGCGCCUUCCGCGGACAACUCCGUGGUGUACCGGGCCGCCUUUAGCUUCACCUGCUCCCAGGGCGCCGGCGCCAUGCCCAUCGAGUUUUCCAAGCUGGCGGUGCUGGACUUUCAGCUCAAGCGCCUCAGCACCGCUGGGUCCUACGCCGCCUCGGAGCUGCGGGUCAUGGACACGGCGACCAAAGCGCCGCGGGGCGCCAAUGACUUGGCCAAGCAGAUGGCCCAGCGAUUUCAGUCGCAGUCCUGCCCGCGCUUCGUGCCCAGCAAGCAGGGCGCAGAGCUUUUGUUCGUGGCGGAGGACGUGGCGCCCCAGCGGAGGUUGACCGGGUGGACAUCGAUGCCCAUGAUGCUUCCGCAUCGGGUGCUUGCCCAGCUGCAGAUGCUCGAGACGCCCACCGGCCGUAAGCUUCGGCCGGAGGCGGUCAGUGACGAGGGCUGGCAAGACGCGGCGGCGAAUCCCGCCUCGGCGCAGCGGAGCGCUGUGAAUGCAGCGUUAGAGCGGCAUGAGGCGGAGGUCCUGCUUAAGGGUGCCAAGGAAGUGAGCGCAAUAUCUCAAAUGUUGGCCAUGGGUGACCACGAGAUGCCGUUUGCCUCCAUCAGCGGCUGCCCAGAGUUCGUGCCCAGCUUCUACACCAACACCGAGAGUCUGCAGGAGGCCUUCAAGGAUGAGGUCAUGCAGUCCCCCGAGGAGCGUUUGAGACGGCAGCGCAUAGCCGAUCAGACGCGAGACUCUUUUGUGUGCAUCACGGUGCCCAACAGCAAUUCCGUCCUGGGUGUGGAGGCGCAGGUCUUGGCAGGAUCUCUCGCCGUUGGCCCGCCCAUGGGCGAGGUGAUCAACCGGAUGGAGCUCUACAACGUGAAGCGCGCGGAGAACUCCAAGAGUCUGGUGGUGGGCGGCUGCAAGCCGAUCCGCGCCGCGGGGCGGCAGGGCCACAUGCGAAUGGAGGCCGCGCUCGAGAGCGUCAUGAAGACCUUCCAAUUUUCCGAUGACCGACGCCAGUACACUACCUGGUUGGCGUGCAUCACGCAAGAUCAGAAGGUCGCCAUCGUGGAGAGCGAGAAGCACAAAAAUUGGAUCAAUAUGUCCAUGCCAUAUCCAUUCUGGACUGAGAACAACCAGUUCGAUUGGUGCGGCCCGGACAAUCAAGAAUCCUGCUUCGAGGUGUGGUCAAAUCCCAACCCCAACGAUUGAUGACGGGGAAGCCUUUCGGCUUCACGCCCUGUCUGAUUCCGCGAGGGUGUCAUGGUGUUUCCGUUUUGAAGUCAGCUCACGUCGUUGCAACUUGUUCAGCUUGCUGCUUGGCUGUUCGAAUUCCGUGGGUGCUCCUGACAUACCAGAUGCUCACAAAGCGCUGGGUUGUCCAAACAUCGCCAGG